AAGAAAAAAUAAUUCCAAGACAAGUGAAUCUCGAUAAACAAAAUUUAGAAUUCGGUUGUAUAAAAAACGGCAUUCGAAUGAUGAGAAGAAACAUGUAAUUGACACAAUCGUGCCUCGUACAACUUUUUAGGCUAAUGUAUCAAGUUCUGAUUUUCUGAAAUAGCGCAAUAUAGGACUUGAAAUAUUCACAAUUAUACAAACUUUUGCGACAUGGCACACGAUAACCAAACACUCGAAUUGCACAUAAAAGUAAAUGGACAAAAUUUAUCAGCAAUUUCAGAAAAGUGUAAUAUCGGCACGUUACGAAUUCCUUCCGAUCCAUCUUGGCCCAAAAUACCUCUACGUUAUUCAAGCAACAUUACCGAUGACAUUAUUGAACCUCCAUGUGUGAUCACUUUGACAGGGACUCCCAGAAAAGGUCGUAGUGUAAUGCAAACUGUUGCAAGCCAACAUCUCAAAUCAAGAUUAAACCAAGAAUGCAAAGCAAUCACGCAAAUACCGAAAAGAAUACCUGGCUGUUUUGAUCCACGUUUUAAAAGACAGAUAUCACGGCAAAAGGCUGAGAAACCAAAUGAAUUUUAUUUCACAAAAAAUGAUGAACAAACACCAGAGUUAGACACACGUAUCACGCAAAGAACUGAAAAGCUUGAAAAUAAAUUGCGGGAAACGAGCGAAAGCGUAAACAAUUAUAUACCAACGUGUCACGAUGUAGAUCAUUUAUUAAAUGUAACAAAAUCGGCGAACCAGAUGACUGAUUAUCCUAUUGAUGAACAAUCCAUUUUAGAAGCGAAAUACUGUCCAACCUUGCAGUAUGCGACUAACGAGCAAUACGACGUUGAAAAUAGAUUUCCUCAAGAACAAAAACAAGAGACUAAUAGGCCACUGUUUUUAAUGGUUAAUGAGAAAAGGAUACACACGCUACCUAUCAAUCCUGUUAACAUAGAAACUGCAUCCUCGGCCACGCAGUCACUACAGUGUUGCAGCGUUCAAAUUCCUGUAGUCGCAUAUCGCGAUACACCUUUACAAAUAUCAAGUAUGCUUAUGCAAAUGGAAAAGGAUGUUAACAUGCCAUCCGUGUGUCAAAGUGACAGUGUGAAAGGUCGAGAAAUCGUCGGGAAUGUCUGUACAGAAUCGAUGAAGAGUAUCAGUUCGAUGCAUAGCUUCAGGGAAUCUAAGAAUGAAAAAUAUCCACUUGAUAAUAUUGAGUGUUAUAACGCAAAGAGUAACGAUGAUAUUUCGAAGAAUAAGAGUAUUUCCAAAAAUUGUGAAGGACACCACACUUCCGAGCGCGAAAUAAGCGCGAAAGAAAACGUCGCAUCGUUGAAUCAAAAUAUUAUAAAGAAUAUCACGCUCGAUAAUGAUCGUUGUGGAAACUUUGAUGAGUUAGAAUUAAAUAAUGCAAUUGACAUCAACAAUGAUAAAAGUUUAAGUUACUCAAAUUUAAAUAUCGCUGCAAGAUUAAAAAAUUUCAUCGAUCAAAGCUACGUGAUAGAUUCUUGUAUCGCAAAUGGAGAAAAAAACGAGAGAGAAAUGUCGAAAUCGAGCGAAAGAAAGAUGGCGAAAGCACAGAUAUAUUCAUGUGUCGACACUGGGAUACAAAAGCUGGCGUAUCACGUAAAAGAUGAUCGAGACAAUGCAGUUAAAUCUUGGACAAAUGUAAUAAAUGACAGAGUACUGGGUAAAAGUUUAGCCUUUAGUCAAGUUGACGAUAAGGAGGAAUAUAACAAAAGUAACAAGAAAAAAGAAAAUAAGAAGGAAAAACAUGGAGGAGAACUGCGCAUUAAUGUGAAACGUAAAACGGCACCGAUGAAUCUGUCGAAAAAGGCAAAGUCAUUCUUACGGAAGAAAUCCCGUUUCGCGAUUACAGAUUCCGACUGUACUCUGAUACUGCCUAGUUAUCGUGGCAUUAAAGGUAAACGAUAUAAAAAGAGCCGCGGUCGCUCCAAAAUAAGCCAAUCGUUACACGGAAGAAACGGAAUAAAUAGUACGAAUUCUAUAUUAGUAAAGUACAAUGCGUCGAAACAAGAUCGAAUAAAUUCUCGUUCGUUGACGAAUCUACGAACGAGAAAUUCAUUUGAGAAGCCAUCAUCUAUUCCCCUAGAGACUCAAGAGCUGUUGAACAAAAGUUAUUGGGAGUAUUACUGGAAACUCCGGUGUAAAAUCAAGCCAGAUAACGCAAAAGAAAAAAACGAAUGUUUAAACGAGCAUCUACCUGAAUCUCAGACAUUACGACAAUGUUCUGUCCUUUCCUGCGUGAUCAAUACAGCGCUUCGAGAUUCAACUCGGGCGACUGGUGAUGAAAGAACGUCUCCAAAUCCGAACAUGACAUCUGUUGCACGAGAAAGCGUUUCUGCAUUACCCUCCUCCAUGCUGGUGAAGAAGAUUCAACGAAAAAGAAUGAAGCGAGCGAGCAAACGAUUGCUCGGACUUCGGGCCAUAGCACUGCUGUGUAUCGCGAUGUACGUCGCGGUGAUAUUUUUGCGUAUGAUGUACGACUAUUUCUUCGGCGAGGAAUGCGACGAUGAGAACACGAAUUAUAUCGAACUAAUGUUCCAAUACAUCACAUCAUCGUUUGGAGAAGCUCUCAAUGGAGUUAUCGACGUCUUGACUACGAUUUUUUUACGGCCAGUAAGAUUUGAUCGAAAGCGGUAAUCUUUGCGACUCUUUCAAAUUCGUAGUAGAUGGUUUCGUUGCAAUGGUCAUAUCUGUACAAAUCCGUAUUAAGCAUUCUAUAAUCUAUGUCAUUUUCAGCAUUUGUAAUGUGAGAAAUGUUAAGUUAUUCGAAUCCACGUGUCUAACGUGUUUUGUCACUCAUCCUUGGCUGAUCGUUUAUACACAUUUUAUUACAUAGCGUACGACAUCCGACGUAUGACGUCCGAUAUCCAAUAAGAGAAUUUGUUUCCUGAAGACAAAAAUGUCACUAACUAGAACCGAAUUCUCUUGUUGGAUAUCGUAUCAUCGGCUACCAUAUGCUGUGUGAAUCUUAAUUAUUGUUUACAACGUUUUCGUGAGUUGUGUGUAUCUAUAUCUUUAUGCAGAGCGAUAUUUCUUACAAAUAUAUAUUGUAUACAUACACGAAUUUAUAUAUAAUAUACAUAUAAUUGUGUAUAUCGCUAUUGCAUCUAUAGGUUUGACUAUAUAUAACAUGAAAUGAAAACAGAAACCCUAUUGAAAAAAAAUCAUGUCACAACGUUAUAUAUGAUGGAAUCAUGUAAUUAAAAUAUGUAA